CUCGAAGCAAAAUUUUAUAUCCAUAGUAAUCCAAAUCGGAAGGAUUAACAUAGAUUGAUUGCCAUUCUGUUCUUCCUACUGAAGAGCGAAAAUUGUUUAAAGGUGUCAAGGUCUGUUAGUCGUACCGCGCCAUAUUGUAAGAUUAGAUUGCGGGCUUGUGAUGUCGUUUGUUGUCCGUAUCAGGGGUCUUCCCUUCUCAGCGAAUGCGGAUGAUAUAAUCAGUUUUUUCAACGGUAUUUCCGUUGCCUGUGUUUUGAUUUCUUGCAGAUUGCAGGAUAAGAGGUGGAAAGCGUGGCAUAUAUUUUCCUCAAGGGUCUAAUGGCCGUUCUAAUGGAGAAGCUUUUAUCGAACUGGAAAGUAGAGAUGAUAAACAGAAAGCUAUGACUCAUCAUAAUGAACAUUUGGGUCGCCGUUAUAUUGAAGGUAACUUACGACUACCCAAUAAUCCGGAAAGUAUUUGACUCAUGCUCUGAGGAAUUGAAUAACGCUAUGGGAUGCAGACCUUUCAACUCGCCAAAUCGGAGGGAACAUGUUGUUAGGUUACGUGGUCUUCCGUACGAUACUGAGAAAAAGGAGAUAUAUGCCUUUUUUAACGGUAAGUAAUCCUUGGUCGUCUGCUUCUUACUAGUUUAUAUUAUAUACGGGAAGGUAAGCGUUUUCUAUUAUUCUUCGUAGCUAACGUAGAACUUCGUAUAAACAGGCUACAGAAAUAGGUAUUUGCGAACUAGUAGUCAGUACUAGUUUUAGAGUAUUUUCUGUUCUGGAUAUUUUUAAUUGUACUUGAUAUGCUUAGUCGGUGGGACUAAUUUAUGGGCGCUAAGUAGACUUGGGAAUGUCCACUUAGUUACUAGGGCUACACAAGGGUUACAUAAGCAAUGUGAAAAAUAAGGGUUAUGGUUUACAAAUGAUAGUGUUUGGAAUUAGAUUUACGGUUCUAAUCACCAACUGGAAUCAGCUAAAAUCGCAGCGCUUAAACGCUUCGCUAUUGACACAAAGCAUUGUCAAAACAUCUGACCACAUAAUCUAAAUGCAUAUGUAAGUGCGUUUUCACGGUUUGUUUGACUAUCGGUUUGUAGUUAAAUGUAGUAACUAACAAUAGAUUGUAAGAUCGCUGUUUUUAUCUAGUCUGCAGUAGCUUCAGAUCCGUAGAACGGACAUUCACAAAGGUUACCUUGAUUUGGUCACGUCUCGUUAGUUUCUAGAACUUACAUAAUGUAUCUCGCACAUUGUGGUGCUACUGCUUUACUUAUACGCAAUUAUCUUUAGGCCAAAAGCUGCUUGUUUUUGUCCUCCACACUUACUAAUGACUUUAUAUAAGUAUGAUACCUUGAUAAUUUUUCAUUAAGUUCGGAGCUACUAAGUACGUGUGGAAUCCUACUUUUCAACUGAAGUAUUUUACAUGGUCAUUCUGUAACUGUCCAAUAUUCGUUGCAUCGCUAAGUUGUGCUUAGGGUAUCAAAUUAUUGAGCAUUAGCAGUAAUGAUGUAUCAGUAUUAUCGUGUCAUUGUAGGUAGCGUUAUGUAAGUUUUCGUGUUAUCAAAGACAGUAAGUUGGUGUUGAUCAUAUUUUUCUGUUUUCCACACUAUAUGUAGUUGUUUCUUGGACUCCGGAAAUUUUAACUCACUCAGUAGAGUGGUUGUAUUUUACUGGCCGCUUCUAUACGUUGAUAGAUAGAGGGUUUGGUAGUUAGAUUCACUUUAUGUUUGAGCACCAAAGUUUGAUCCCUAGCAUAUAUGCACAAUACGCCGUUUGAAACCUAACGUUUUCUGUUCCGUCCAUCGAAAUACUUCUCUCUGUUUGCCUGAAGGUAGCUGAUGUUUUUUCCCUGACUCAUUUCUUCGUAGUUUUGACUAAUGCAUAGUAGCCGUUUCUGCGGUCUGUAAAGUGUGUUCUUAAACAGAUUUAAUCACUAUAUUUAUCAGGCAACAAAUUCAGUGUUAUUCUGCCUUUUGUAAAUAGCUAGUUUUUCUCCGAGUUUCGGUAAUCUUUGAACAAUAGGAUCCUUUGUCUUUAUGAAAAACAAGCCUUCUAGAAACUGCCCUCAAAUACCAUGGCACGGCCGAGUGAGGGGAGUCUGCUCCGGGUAGUAUUACAGCACACACAAACCAGAUGCAUAUGUAUUUGGUGCCUCUUUAUAUCAAUAUUUGUGUUCAAAUAAACAAAUAAAUUCUGGAAAGUGUUACUGCUUAUUAAUCAAUGAGAAAGUUCGUAUUUAGGCCUGUUGUGCUCACAGUGUGAUUGUUCUUAUAAAAUAGCAUUUUUCAUUUCUGGUAUUUCGACUGGUCGUACGAGUUUGAACGACAUGUCAGUCACCAGUUACUCUUAGCUUAAUGACACAUUCCGUAUAUUUAACCGCACCUAAGUUUAGUUAAUCAGAAAACCCAACUCUAGUUUGUCUAUGAUGAACCUCUCGGCUGUUAGUACUUCAAGCUUAUGCUUGUCUGCUCAUCUAGGUUUGAACUACACUUGCUGCAUUACAGCUCACAAUGGUAUUUAGUCUUCAAGUCUUAGUGUCAUCAAGCAAUCCAAUAUUAAUUAAUGUCCAAAAUUAUUUAAGCAACUCUAGGAAGUACUGAUAAAGUUCACAUUGGCGUUCAUUUUACAAUGUCCUGAGGUUUUAACCAGGUUGGUGGACACUGAGAGUCCACCUAGGUAAGUUGAAAAAACCCUGAUUCCAAACCAAUGGUGCACAUGGGCUCCAGGAUCCUGUUGCAAUAGAUUGCGUAUGAACCAAUCGUUGCUCACCAGGUACCAUGGGACUGCAUCUCCUUGCGUUGCUCCACUGCCUUGUGGAUUCGACCUUUAGGUCGAAGACUCCGGGUGUAGCCUCCUAAGAAAACCCUCUGUUUCGGUUUGGGCACCCGGGUAGUAUCAUAGCCCACACUCAAAUCAACUGACCUGUGUGGCGCAUAUGUAUUUGGUGCCUCUGUACAAAUAUUUAUGUGUUCAUAUAAAUAUAAUGAUAAUAAACUGAAACUUGGGGAAAGCAGUUAGGAACAGGUUGUUUAUUUAUACAUCCAGAUGAAUUCACUACUUUAUGACAUAGUCUUCAAAGAUUUUCAUGGAAACAGCUAGAGUCUCCAGCCAUUUGUUACGACAGUCACAUGGACCCCAACUAAGUAGUCUGCAUCUGUCAACAUGGCUCAGACCAGAGGUUAGUGACUUCAAGCACUGAUGCCACGUUUUGGUUUGACCGCCUCUAACUUUCUUCCAAUAAUCCCCAACACUAGUCAGUUAGCAUUGCGCGUCAUGGCAGUCGGUGUUCAGGCGUACGUAACACAUGGCCCAACCAUCUCAGUGGGUGAAGAUUCAUAACCUCAUCAACUGAUUUACCAUCAUUCCCUAAUGCCCUACGUCUAACCUCACUAUUAUUUGCCCAGUGAUCCCAUCAGAUGUGAGCAAUAUUUCUAAAGUAUCUGUGGUCAAAUACUAGUAGCUUACGAAUAUCUUCAACUCUUAACAGCCACGUUCCGCGGCCGUAAAGUAAAACAGAACGAACUGCCGCGCAGUGUACUCGUUUUUUUAUUGAUAGACGGACAUCUCGCCUUCGCCAUAGGUGACGUAAGUUGGCAAAAGCCAAACGAGCUUUUCGAAUUCGUGUUGAGGUUUCGUCAGACACCAACCCAUUUGGUCUGAUCAGACUCCCAAGACAAGUGAAGUUGUCGACGCGCUCGACUACUUCACUCCCUACCCUUAGUUCAGGUGUUGACGCAGACCAGUCCUGAAGUAACAACUUGCAUUUAGAGGGAGAGGAGCGCAUUUCAAACAUUCUGGCAUUGUUGCUUAGUGCUACGAGAAGACUUCCAAAAAGUAAACAUCAACAACGGAUCCAACUCUCAAGACUUGCUAGAAAAGGUAUGGUAAACAUGUAGUCAACAAGAUAUUAAUUGGAUUUUUUCAGUGUAAUUGCCAAUCAAUAAUUAGCAAAACGGAGCGUCGCACAAAUAUAUAUCAGUCUGAAUUACUGCAACAACAUAAUAGAAGGAAAUUGGUAGACAAAAAGUAAAGAUAGUAGUGUCUGCAUUAUGUAAGAUGGUUUUCUAACCGAAGAUAGUCCGUAAUUAAUCAUCGUUUUUGUCAAUGUGUUAUGUUAACUACAUUUGUUGACCAACAGCACAAUAGGCAUUAAUACGGAACCACUUCUUGACCCACCACUUAUUACUGGCUGUAUAGCAACCCUAAAACGAUAUAUAUACGUCUUGUCAGUUAGCCAAAUAUAUUUGUGAAAGUUUAAACCCAUUCUAAUAGUUUUUUUCGCUUUUACUGAUUGCAGCUACUUUUGGUCAAAUAAGGAGCUUAUCUUAGGCUGUUACUAACUUGUUUAGUAUAACACGUCUGAUCGUUUUAUUUGUUUCAUUCCUUUCCUAAUUUCUCGGGUUUUAUGAAUUCUUGGGAUCGGCAGGCCUGGAAAUAGCUCCCAACGGUAUCGGGUUAUUGGUGGAUCAUAUGGGUCGUUGCACGGGGGAAGCGUAUGUCCAAUUCACAUCUUCUGAAAGUCUAGCUCGGGCAAAGGAGAAACAUAUGGAGAAGAUAGGGCACAGAUACAUUGAAAUAUUUGAAAGUACAAUGAUGGAGGCUAACACGACCAUACAGCGCCAAAUGGAAAUAAAUCAAAGCCGUGCUUCCAGUCGAGGACCGAUGUUCGGUCGAGGAAGUCGUGAUGGUCAUCCCGGUGGUACGGGUCAUCAUGGAGGUUCCCGAGGAGGAUAUGAUGCGCCCCCGUUUAGUCCAAACGGGUCAGGUCCAAACAGAGGUCCAGUUCCAGGAAGAUUUACGCCCUAUGGUCGACCACCACAUGUUUUCGGACACCCGGGAUACAGUUCUCCUCCCAGAGGCUUCGAAGGACCUUCUCCCUCAAAAGGAUCUAAUUUCGGGCCACCCGGACAUUACGAAUAUGAUGAUCCACAAAGUUUGACUGGGCAUUCUGUUCGUAUGAGAGGGUUGCCAUACUCAGCGACCAAAGAGGAUAUUAAUCGUUUCCUUUCUCCUUUACAACCAGUCAACAUUCGGAUAAAAUUCAAUGCGGCUAAUCGACCCACCGGAGAGGCAGUUGUGGAUUUUGCCAGUCAUGAUGAAGCGAAGGAGGCAAUGAAGAAGGAUCGUGAAAAAAUUGGGCCUCGUUACAUCGAACUUUUCUUAGCAUCCACCCCUAAGGGAAUCUCUCCUUCGUCUCGCAUAAAUAACAAUGCACCAGUUCCUAGUCGUCGAUCUCCUCCUGUUCACAGUAGUAGAGGCCAUCAAGGGUCACAAUACGCCAACUUUCCUCCUCAGCAAUAUGAAUAUGAUGAUAUAAAUUAUGCGGAAGAUGUAGGGUACAAUUCAGGUCCAAGUAGACCAGAUUUUAAUCAGCCAUAUGAUAGUUUUCACAACGGCACGAGUGUAAGAGGACCAAUCAGGCCUUCAGAUUGAUAUCAUAAAUGGAUCAGUGUUUGACCACCACUGAAAAUCUGGAAGCAUUGGAUGGCCGUCUCACCCUGUUAUGGGAAUCCUCAGUGAUGACCAUCUACGACCCUGCACAAGGACUCGAACCCAGGGCAUUCGGUCACGGUAGGAAUUUCUAAGUCACUGUUAUUAUGAUGUAUACUAAUGUAUGAAUUUUGACAGGUCUCCACCUCGAAAUCUAUCAUAAAGAUAACAAAAUCAUUAUUGUACAUUCUUAUUCAUGUUUGAAUGAUAUUCAUUACAAAUAAUGAUCAACUAUAUAAGAAGGAGAUAUGAAAUUACAUAAAAAUUAUCUUCAUUUAGAUUCAUAGAUUAUCAGAAAUUAUUUGAAUCAUGUACUUUGGAUUAAGGACUAGAAGUUACGUACUACAGUAGACACUAUAAGAAUAUAGUAGCGUUGGGCCCUAACCACAAAAUCCUCAGAGCUGAACACGAGAAAAUUGGGGAAAUAGAUAUUAACAUUUAACGAGGAGAAAAACCCAACGAUAGAAAGUGCGGGAAGAAGGAAUUCCAUUAAUUCGGAUUGAUCGAAUGGCAUGGAUCGGCCUUUCAGGAGUAAUCACUGUUGAAUGUUGUCUUAUAUAUUUUAUUCAUAUUAAAUAUAUUGUUCUAUCUCUAGCCUAAGCUCGUUUUCCAUCAUAUACUGGUAAUUGCUAUGAUGCUAUGAGUUGGUGUAGGCGAUGAUGUGACUUCCACGUAAGAUCUUACAGAUGAGGCAGUUAUAUCAUGACUAAUCAACAAUUUUAAGAUUAGGUCUAUUAUGAGAGCAGUACAAAUAUCGAAAUAGACCAUAAUACUAUAAACACUCACUUAUACCUUUCAUUUCAACCUCGGCAACAGUUAACCAAAUGGAUGGUAUAUACACUUUAACACUUGAUGGUUGGCUGCAUUAUGGAAUUUUGAAUGCAAACUGGUAUUUAUCUAGUCUUUUUACCAUCAAUAAUACUGAUAAAACCUUAUUUGUUGGGGUCUGAAAAUAUCUUUGUUCACUUUGUGAAAUCAUCUCGAAAUAAAAAUUUCAGAUUACCGAUUCUGUUGAAAAGCUAUACCUAUCCUCAAUGCAGAUGUAUCUAUGGGGAAGAAAACGUUUGCAGUUAGCGAAAAUGUCUAAAGAAAGCAUCAUUAUUUAAGAUCUCUAAGUGUUUCUGAAAAUAUCCCUUUUCGUUGUUCAUAUACAAAUUUUCUACUAGAAGCUAAAUCGAAAGUGCAAUAAACGAUGGUUU